GUGUGCCAACACGCCCACUUUUUGUUUAUCACGCCCACACUUUCUGCCUAGUAGUAGGCGUGGCAUUCAUGGAAAAGCAAACUAGAGAUUGUUGAACUUCAAUGGCAGACAGUGACUCAGAACAACAGACAGAUGUCUCACCUCCAGAGUCCAGUGAGGAGGAUCACCAGAUGCGUCGGCGACGGAGGGGUCUCCUGCGUAUGUACUAUGGUGUAGAUGACUCAGUGCAGCUGCAACAAGACAACCCUCUGGAUAUAGACAAGGCUGGGUUCAAGGCUGACAUGUUCAUGGAGAAGAUGCUCAAAGAAACCUCACUCAAUAACCUGUACAAGCAGGAGGAGAGGAUGAAGAAAGAGAUCCAGGAGCUGGACAGCAACAUGCAGUACUUGGUGUAUGAGAACCAUUCAAAGUUCAUCAAAGCCUCUGAAACCAUCCGAGAAAUGAAGGAUGACUUCCAACACCUGGAAGAUGAUAUGGGAACAUUGGGAGCUCGUAUGGAUGAUAUCACCACCUCUAGCAACAGCAUCAACUCCGCACUGGAGGACAGAAAGAAGGAGAUAUCGAAACUAUGCGGAGUGAACUAUUUACUCAAAAAGUUGCAAUUUCUGUUUGAGCUUCCCACACGACUAACAAAAUGUAUGGAAAUGGGCUUCUACUCCCAAGCUGUCAGAACUUACUCGCGUGCUAGACGCGUGCUGGAGCAGUACCAACACAUGCCCUCGUUCCACGGUAUCCAAGGUGACUGCUCGGUCAUUGUCACAAAGCUCAUUUCCUCGCUCAAGAAGCGGAUGGAUGAUGAGCGUUCCAGUACAGCGACCGUGGUGGAGACAGUGGACCUACUGCUAGAGUUGGACCAGCCACCCUCGGACCUCUGUCAGCAGUUCCUGGCAAACUCUCGGAGGCAGCUAGAGCGUGACCUGAGUGUAGUGGAACAAGGAGAGAAGCCACAUGAGAUACAGAACGAGGACGGUGAAACCACUGUCACCAUGGGCAUUCAGGAGUACGUGCACCUGGUCUGCAAUAGUUUCUUUGCCAACGUCAGUCUUGUCAUCCAGACCUUCCAUGAUCUGUUUAUCAAGCGCCACAAAUCCAGUGGAGACCAGCAGGUGGCUGAAGAGGCUCAAAAAACACUGACGGAGUUUGUUCAAUCAUUGAUGGACAGCUGCCUCGAGACGGUGAUGGAGAGACUAAAGAACGAGGCGACGCAUCAAGAGAGCGUGGCGCUGAUACGAGCACUGGACAAAGUCAGUGGGAAGUUACAAGCAAUGGACAACCUCCUACCAUCAGUUAACUUCAGCGAGAAAGGCUAUCAACUGGUGACCAUAGUGACGGGUACCCAUACAGAGUGUCACUCACAAAGACUGCAACAGAGCUUCACAGACACUCUGAUGACCGUGAGGCAUGAUCUGGUGACAAGCAAGGGAUCUCAGCAGGGAGGCCCCACCCUGAGGGACCACUCUGCCACUCUGUAUGCCUCCAUUAAGAGUGGGCUAGAGUCAGCACUCACCAACCUCAAGGAGUUUGUGGAGUGCAAUGUGUCCUUCUCUGAGAGAUCUGACUUCAGGAGGAAGUUCUGUGUGGGCAAUAUUCGGGCUGGUGUCGUGUGCACAUUCAUUAACUUUGUCUUGGAGACUUGUAAGUCGUUCUCAGUGGGUAGCAGUGGAGACCACACCUCUGGGGCCUACCCACCACCUCUCAUCCUCAUCCUUUCUAAACUGGUGCACGAGAUGGAGAGAUCUACUAUCAGCUAUCUGGUGAGCUAUGGGGAUGAGAAGUUUCCCCCUCAUCCUGAUGGGCCGCUGUUAGCCACACCCACCAACGAACUCCUCAGACAUGCCAAGGAAAUCUCUCAGGCAUUGCUGAAUCAUUAUGUCAAAGUACAAGGACAGGUCAUAUCUCAAAUGAUUCGCAAGAGUGUGGAGACACGAGAUUGGCUGAACACGAUUGAGCCACGCAACAUUCGGUCGGUGAUGAAGAGAGUGGUGGAGGAGAUCACGCUCAUUGAUCAGCAGGUGGGCACUCUCUAUGAGGACGGCCUCAAGAAGGAACAGGGAUCAGAGAGCAGUCGUCACACCUUCUCCUACCAGAGUAAAGGCUACCAGUACACGUCAGCGACACUGGACAGUAGUCUAUUGAGCAACAUUCAGAAACUGUUCUUUGAGAGGAUCGAGGUGUUUGGUACAGUUCAGUUUGACAAGCCGUCAAUCAUCACUGGCAUUAUCAAGAUAUUCUUAAAGGCUCUCCUGGAGUGCGUACGGUUGCGGACAUUUGGAAAAUUUGGUCUCCAGCAGAUGCAGGUGGACUGUCACUACUUGCAGGUGUACCUGUGGAAGUUUGUAUCAGAUGAGCAGUUGGUGAGGAUGCUCCUGGAGCAGGUGAUGGCCAGCACCAUCGAGCGCUGCGUUGAACAUACCCUCAUGGGACAAAGUGUGGUUGAGCUGAUAUGUGAGAGAAACUGAACUAUAUUUAAAACUGAUCAUUGACUGCCUUAAUUAUUACUUUGUGAAUAUCCAUAUAUAGCUAAUCGAGUGAAAGUGUUGCCAUGUUGACAUUCUUUAUUCACUAUGAAUGUGAACUGUAA